AUGCCUUUCCAUAUCGCAGCUCUUGAUCCCACCCCGGGACGCAGAGGUUACGUCGCUGCAGGUACACGAACCAGUGCUACCGACAUCAUCAAUGUCACCGGUCAGGUUGGCUCUGCUGCUGAUGGAACCAUCCCGCCCGACUAUGAGUCACAAAUUCAUCUGGCCUUGUUGAACUUGCGCAGAGUUUUAGCUGAAGGAGGUGCCACCAUUGCCGAUAUUCUAAAGAUCAAUCUCUACAUUGUCAACUACAAUCCCGAGCAGAGAUUGCACACUCGAAUCCUCACCAAUUGGCUUGCAGGUCAUCGUCCGGCCUGCACGCUUGUCCCGGUGUCACAGCUUGCACAUCCAGGAUGGUUGUUCGAGAUCGAUGCUGUUGCAGCAAAGAAAAACGACCUCUCUACAGUCGCUUUGCAGACUACCAGAUCGCUAGUUGCGAACCAAUCGUCUGUCGAUGUUAUUAUCAUCGGUGCUGGUCUCGCAGGACUCAAUGCGGCAACCAAGAUCAAGGAGGCCGGGCUCUCCUGCAUGGUCCUCGAAGCUCGUGAUCGAGUUGGAGGCCGUACAUGGAGCCAACCUCUCAGUGAUGGACGCGGCAUUGUGGAGCUAGGAGCAGCUUGGAUCAAUGACACGAAUCAAACUGUGAUGGCCGGACUUGCUCGAAAGUUUGGCCUUGAGCUGCUGGUGCAGAGCAUCGAUGGUGAUUGUACAUUGCAGGAUGAAAAUGGUCAAGUCUCGACCUUCAAAUAUGGUGAUCUUCCUCAGCUUGGUGCGGCUGUACAGCGUGAUAUUGCGCAAAUCCGUGAUUGUACAGAAGCCGACAGUCAGAGCGUUGAUUGUGCUAGGCCCAGAAACACAAAUCUGGACACUAUCACCUUUGCCACCUACCUCCGACAAAACGGAGCAAAAGGUGCUGCGUUGCAGACUGCCAGCAUCUGGUGUCGGGCCAUGCUCGGACGCGAGCCGGAGGACGUUUCUGCACUAUUCUUCCUGAACUAUUGCAAGUCUGGCGGCGGCCUACUCAACAUGCGCAAUGAUGGUAAAGGGGGCGCUCAAGCUUUGAGAGUGCGACAAGGAACCCAGUCAUUCUCCAAGGGUCUUGCGGCUGAGCUUGGCCCCGGCGUUGUGCACUUGUCUACCCCUGUACACGCCAUUCAACAGGUUGAAGGCCGCAUGGCACUCGUCCACACGGGAAGUCGAGUGGUCGUCGCACGCAAAGUCAUCACCACUGUUCCACCCGCAGCGCUCAAGCAUGUCAAUUUCUUCCCACCACUACCCAGGGACAAGCAAGUACUUAUCGAUUCAUUCCGCUUUGGCUUCUACCGCAAGGUCAUGGGAGUCUUCACGGAACCCUUUUGGCUAAAGAAAAGCCAUUGUGGCUUGACUCAAUCUUUCAAUGGCCCUUCCUCCGUCAUGAGAGACAGCAGCAGCCCAGCUGAUGGUAAGUGGGUUCUUACUUGCUUCAUGACAUCAAAUACAGGCGCUGCUUGGGCGGCGCUGCCGCAAGCAGAAGCGCACGAGCAAUUACUGUCUCAAAUCUGCAAACUGUACGACUCGCCCGAAGCACGCGACCUGUUUGUCGAGUUCAUCAGUUCAUCGUGGGACAAAGACCCUUUGACGGGUGGUGGUUGCCCAGCCGCAUCGCUCUCUCCAGGUGUGCUUGACUCGGUCGGACAUACGCUUAGAGAACCGUUUGGCCUGGUUCAUUUUGCGGGCACCGAGACGGCUGCAGAGUGGAAAGGGUACAUGGAAGGAGCUUCCAGAAGCGGACAACGAGCUGCGAACGAGGUUCUCGCCGAUCUACUCUCGCCAGUUGCAAAAUUGUGA